CUAACCCUUCUCCCCCUCUCUCUUGCCGUCUUCGCCUUCCUUCUUCAGUGGCGCGGCGGAGGCGUGGCGUCGAUGAUCUCCCGAUGGUCUCCUGAUGAAUCGCACAAGUUCCCAGGCAUGGACUCGUCGCCUCUCGCUACAGUUGGCCACUUGUCUUCUCAUUCUUCUGAUUGCUCCAAGCUGCUGGGACACUCCAAUGUGGCAUCGUUCCCGUAUUACAGGGACUGGAAGUUCAAGUUUGACGCCGAUCUUAAGCCCAAGAUAUGUAUUACGACAAGUACAUCUGCUACCUUGGAGCAGAUUCUGCCUUGGAUGUUUUAUCAUAAAGUUAUCGGGGUGUCAAACUUUUUCCUUUUUGUUGAAGGGAAGGCCGCAUCUCCUGCAAUUUCGAAAGUUCUUGAAUCCAUUCCUGGAGUGAAAGUGAUAUACAGAACCAAAGAGCUUGAGGAGCAACAAGCUAAGAGCCGUAUCUGGAAUGAAACAUGGUUGUCAAGUUUCUUUUACAAGCCUUGUAAUUAUGAGCUUUUUGUGAAGCAAUCCCUAAACAUGGAGAUGGCAAUAGUUAUGGCAAGGGAUGCUGGCAUGGACUGGAUACUGCAUCUAGAUACUGAUGAAUUGAUGCAUCCAGCUGGCGCUAGGGAGUAUUCUUUGAGGCAAUUGUUACUUGAUGUGCCUGAGAAUGUAGACAUGGUUGUCUUUCCCAAUUAUGAGAGCAGCGUUGAACGAGAUGACAUCAAGGAACCUUUCACAGAGGUGUCAAUGUUCAAGAAGAACUAUGACCAUUUAACAAAAGACACGUACUUCGGCAUGUAUAAGGAAUCAACCCGUGGCAAUCCAAACUACUUCUUGACCUAUGGGAAUGGGAAAUCAGCUGCUCGAAUACAAGAUCAUCUCCGCCCUAAUGGUGCACACAGAUGGCACAAUUACAUGAAAACUCCAAAUGAGAUCAAAUUGGAAGAGGCUGCCGUCUUACAUUAUACAUAUGCCAAGUUCUCUGACUUGACUUCUAGACGGGAUCGAUGUGGUUGUAAGCCUACAAAGGAUGAUGUCAAGCGAUGCUUUAUGUUGGAAUUUGAUAGAGCUGCAUUUAUAAUUGCUUCCACUGCAACAGAGGAGGAGAUGCUAAACUGGUAUCGCGAGCAUGUUGUAUGGACUGAUAAAACUCUCAAUUUAAAGUUGUUGAGAAAGGGAAUUCUAACGCGCAUCUAUGCUCCCAUGACAAUUAUCCAAGGCUUGAGGGAGUCUGGUGUAUUUGGAUCUAUCAUUGCUUCUGCCCAAGGAUCUCUAUCAAAGGACAAAUUCUUAGCAUCCAUCGAGAGCAGUAAUUCCUCUAGAGCUGCUGAGUCGGUUUCCUUUCAUUCAAGAAAGAUUGGACGAAACACAGAGUCUCAGGCAACAGCUAGAAAAGUUCUGGAAACAACAUCCAGCAUAUUUCAAGAAGUAGCCAUCCCACCGUUAUCUCCCCCAGGCAUGAUGGAUGGUGACCUUAAGAUUGAAGCAUGAUUCUCCCACAUGAUUGCUGCUUUUUUCUUUCUGUAAUAUGCAAUGGAAUGAGAGGAGAAUCAGGAAUUGUCCUCAUUGUGAUGAGUAGGAGUAGGGAAGAUUUGAGCAAGCAAAUUGUUGGGGUUUUUUCUAUGUUCGAUCAAUGGCUAUUCCCGAUCAUUUACCCAAGCGGAGGUUGUACACUAUAACGUAGUAGAGAGAAAGAAGGGAGGAAGGGGGGGGGGGGGGGGGGGGGGGAGGUGUUUUUUCAGCUCCACAACUUAAGGCUCUUGAGAUGUUGACAUUAAAUGAUGUAUAGGAAUCGGGGAUUUAUGACCGGAGUUCAUUUUGUUGUAUAGUGCAAAAUGCAUCUUAAAUGCAUCAAGUUCCUGCUGUUCUUUUACUUGAUUCAAUGUGCUGUGAAUAUUAGCUGCCUUGACCAAAUUGUUCGGCUUAGAUAUUUCUUGACAGCAAAAGUUGCUGUUAAGCAGCAUUUGAAAUGCAUUUCUCAUGAAACUUGGAUUUUUA